AUGGACUUCGGCAUCCUCGAAAUUGCGAAUUCCAAAGCUACGGCCGCGCCAGGAUGGGCGUACGUCCCUGAUACUGGCGUUGGUGUCAGCGCACCGGCCGUCACAGCCUUGCAACCGGGACGGGCGAAGAGAGCGAGGAAUCUGACGCUGGCGACGGCGGGGGAUACGACGGCGAAGCAGGAUGCGAAGUUGUUGAGGGGGUUGGAGGAGUUGACGAGGGAGAGUCAUAGGGAGGUGCAGAUCCCGAUUGCGGGGAGGGGUGAGUUUCUUUUUGUGUUGUUGUUGUUCUGGUACUUGUUCUUGGGUGGAGGUUUGGGUGAGAUGGUUGCAAGAUAGGAGGAGAAGAAGGGGAGAGAGGAAGAGAGAAAUGUACAGAGUGAUGCUGAUGAUGAUAUUUAGCAAACCAAAAAGGCACAACUCCCGCCGUCCGAAAAAUCCUCGCCUCGAAUAAGACUUUCAAUAACCAUCUCGACGACUACACAUCCCUAAAAGAACUCGCACCACCCCCUCCCUCAACACCACAACCCAUCGUCGUAUCCCCUCCUCCUGUCUCGACACCAGGUACACCACUUGUAAAACCAGCUCCCCAUCUCACCUCCAAAGGCACACGAUCGCACAAAAAAAAAGACCCUUCCCAACUCCUCCGUCCCCCACCGGGUACGGUACGCAAACUCCCCAUCCCACCCAUCACGCCCAUCGCACCGAAUCCGCAAGAAAUCAAGCCGCUCAUCACACUACCCAUCUUACCCCCGCCGCCUUCCCACCCAGGGGACUCCGAUCCUCUUUUACAAAGUCGGAUCCCAAGGAUGCCUACGCAGGAGGAGAUCAACAACCUGGUUUCUGCGCCGCCGUUGAGUUAUGAGGAGACGAGAGGAAGGCUGAACGAGGAAGAGAGACCGGUGAGGUUGUUUUGUGAGGUUUGUGGGUAUUGGGGACGGGUGAGGUGUGUGAGGUGUGGGGGGAGGGUUUGUGCGCUGGAGUGUUUGGAUGUUCAUCGCGAGGAGUGUUUUAGUCGGUAUGGUGCUUGA